CCUCGUUAUCCCUCCAGAAAUUACUGACAGGAAGACUGGAGGCACGGGGAGGGGGGCGGACAGACUGGCCAAUCACAUGUUCCGAUACAUGAGGUGCCGUGCGAUUCAGCCAAUAGCAGGCCGGCUUUCAUAUUCACCCAGGAAGAGUGUGUGCUCUGGCUGGUUGUGCACUUGUCAUUGUUUGGCGAGUAGUUGAGGCGGCCGGAGCGGCGCACGGACACGGUGAGAUGGAAGCACAGCCCGGACACCCAGGGCCAGUGUGAGGGCUACAGCCGGGGCACAACCGGGAGACUCCCGCCUACCAGACUCAUCCGGCUUCAAGAUCUCUGCUGUCCAUUUCUGCCAUCGUUCUCAUUCACAUUCAGAAGCAGCAAACAGUCCUGACCUACUUCUCACAGCUAAAAGUAAGAAGCAGCUUGAGAAUUUUUGAGGAAGAGAAGUUUCCUAAAAUGAACAGUACACGUGACCGCUUUCCCUUCGGUUUUGUUCUGUGUGUGACCUCUUGAGAAGAAGUAGAUUUCCAGUGGAAGUGGAGCAGAGGGUGAAGUAACAUGUAUUUAACAUUCUCCAGAAAGUCUGUAUCUCAGAAACUGAGCAUUAUACUACUUGCCUUUGGAUUCAUUUGGGGCCUCAUGUUGCUACGAUACACCAUUCAGUAUCCCAGGCACCAGAGCAGCACCGAGCUCAGAGAGCAGAUCUUAGACCUGAGCAGAAGAUAUGUGAAAGCCUUGGCUGAAGAGAAUAAAGACAUUGUAAACGGAGGCAGUGGAAGCUCCAUGGCAGGAUAUGCUGAUCUGAAGAGGACGAUUGCGGUUCUCCUGGACGAUAUCCUGCUGCGCUUAGGAAAACUAGAGAACAAAAUUGACUAUAUUGUAGUAAAUGGAUCAUCCAGUAACAGCAUGAACAGCACCACUGGGAAUCUAGUUCCAUUAACCACAAGUAGACGUGUCAAUGCGUUUGGAAAGCGAUGAUAAAAAAAGUAAUCAAAUCACCGCCCUGAGCUUACAGAGACUCUAUUGUUGCCACUCCAGCUCUAGGAAUAGUAGUAAACAGUCUUGUCAAGAGCUUUUAAUAUGAGGGCUUACUGCUGUAAUGUCAAGUGGUACCCACUUGGCAACAAUUAUUGGCCAUAUUUUUUUUCUUAAAUGAAAGGAUAUGAUUUUCUAAAUGUGUGAAUUUUAUUAUUUGUUGGUUCUAGAUUAUAUUUAGUACUAAAAAAAAUAUUUUGAAUCUGUUGUAAAAACUUAUACUUGUAAUAUUAUAUUUUGCUACACAGAAAAUUUUAAGUUUUAAGCUAAAGUUUUUGAGCGUGUGACCCAAAGAAUGUAUUUAUUUGCACUGUUGAAGCAUAACCUAACCAUAGAUGACUUGCUGUACUGUCUUAUUUAUGUAAGCUCACCAAUGACAAAUAAAAAGUAAAGGAACUAUGCAUUAUUUUAAAAUGCAUUUCUGGAAAGUUUUUUUG